AGAAGAGCAGAGGCAAGGCGAACACAGCGGAUUUUCAGAAAGGAAAGCGUUUGGAUUAAUCUCGCGGUCCGGCUGUCCCCAAGGCUGCAGGAGCUGGCACGGUUCGACGAGCAUAAACGUAGGCACAUAUGCUGUGAUGGGAAAAGAAGAAUAACCGUGCAUGUGAGGCGGAGGGACGACUGGAGAGCUGCAGUUGCAGGACCCUGGAAGAGACGUGAGCCUCGGCCAUGAUGACCAUCAGCAUUGAGCAGAAUUGCUGCUGCUUCUCACAGUUGGCUGAGCCCUUCUGUAGUGAAUCGACCUAUUGUUUUGGGACCCCAGAGCUUCCACGCUACAGAUCUCUCCUCCCCCGCCCCCCUUUUUCGGUCGCUCUCCUCCUUCACCACCACCACUAUUACCCCCGCCGUAGAAGCCACACAAUUUGCCGUUCCUCCACAUGACUCUGGAAGCUAUAAGCCAGGCUUGAGUGCCAAUGAAGUGUAAUGCAUUGUGGGACGUGUGUAAAAUAUUUGGAUCUUUCAAAGGGGGGAAAGGAACGGGCCUGCAGCUUGCUUGAUGGACAAGGUAGUGGCAAAAUGUUGCUCACAGAGCCGACCGAGCGGUGCCUGUGAAGAGACUGAUGUAAAACGAGUGCAGCUUACAAGCCGUGAGGCCUGGCUCAUGCAGCAGCAGCAGCUGCUGCUGCUGGCUACUGCUCCUGCCCAUAGUGGAUUAGACUGCAGGUAGCCUCACAAUGAAGAAGACCCGAAGUACAACCUUGCGGCGUGCCUGGCCUAGCUCUGAUUUUUCUGACCGGGCCUCUGAUCGCAUGAGGUCCCGCAGUGAAAAGGACUAUCGGCUGCACAAACAUUUCCCACCAGCGUUCCUCUCCCAAGCAUCACGGGGCUACAUGACUUCAGGUGAUGUAUCGCCUAUCAGUAUGUCUCCCAUCAGUCAAUCACAGUUUAUCCCACUUGGGGAAAUCCUUUGCUUGGCCAUUUCUGCAAUGAACUCAGCACGAAAACAAGUCACACAAGAAGCACUAAUGGAACACCUAACAACCUGUUUCCCAGGUGUUCCAACUCCAAGUCCAGAAAUCCUUCGUCAUACCUUAAAUAUGCUUGUACGGGAGAGGAAAAUAUAUCCAACUCCAGAUGGCUACUUCAUUGUGACACCACAGACUUAUUUUAUAACGCCAUCACUUAUUAGAACUAAUAGUAAAUGGUACCAUCUGGAUGAGAGGAUACCUGACAGAUCUCAGUGUACCUCUCCACAGCAAGGAACCAUAACGCCUUCCACCUCAGGCUGCGUCAGGGACCGAACAUUACCCAAAAACCACUGCGACUCCUGCCAUUGUUGCAGAGAAGACAUGCACAGCAUGCAUGCUUCCACUCUACAAAGGAAAUCAGCAAAAGACUGCAAGGACUCCUAUUGCCCCCCUUCCAUGUGCCAGGUGCCACCCACUGAAAAAAGUAAAAGUACUGUAAACUUUUCUUAUAAAACAGAGACACUUACAAAACCUAAAGAUGGAGAAAAGCAGUCUAAAAAAUUUGGGCUAAAAUUGUUUCGACUAAGCUUCAAAAAGGAUAAGACAAAACAGCUGGCCAAUUUUUCUGCCCAGUUUCCUCCUGAGGAAUGGCCUCUGAGGGAUGAAGAUACCCCUACCACUAUACCUAGGGAGGUAGAGAUGGAGAUUAUUAGGCGUAUUAACCCAGAUUUGACUGUGGAAAAUGUCAUGAGGCACACUGCACUAAUGAAGAAACUUGAAGAAGAAAAAGCUCAAAGAAGCAAAGCUGGAUCUUCAGCUCACCAUAGCGGGAGAAGCAAAAAGAGUAGAAGUCAUAGGAAGUCCCAUGGAAAAUCUCGGUCACAUAGCAAAACUCGGGUCUCUAAAGGCGAUCCUUCUGAGGGUUCCCAUUUGGACGUUCCAGGUGAAAGAGACUAUGAUUUCUAUGAUCCCCUCACAAGGUCCCCACGGGAAGGCUGCUUCAUAAUAGAACACAAAAGGGACAAUUUUAUUAUGCACAGCAGCCCUAAUGUUCUUGAAUCUCACUUUCCUAUGACACCUGAAUGGGACGUAUCUGGUGAACUAGCCAAAAGGAGAACUGAAAUGCCUUUUCCUGAACCUUCAAGGGGAAGUUCCCAUUCUAAGGUCCAUCGAAGCCACAGCCAUACACAGGACCGAAGAUCAAGAAAUGAGAGGUCUAAUAAAGCCAAGGAGCGGUCUCGAUCAAUGGAUAACUCGAAAGGACCUCUGGGUGCUUCUUCUUUAGGUACACCUGAAGACAUAGCUGAAGCUUGCAGUCAAGAUGACCAAACAACCAGCCAAACGUACAUUGAUGAUAGCACCUUAAGGCCUUCGCAGUCACUCAGUCAUCAAAGGGCUCUGAUGUCAUCUGCAAACUACAAAGAAAUAGUUAAACCUGAAAAGACUAGUGGCAAUGCAGAAACCCCCACUCCCUGUAGCCUCUUGGAACAAAGCAAGUCAGCAGAGAAUUUACCACCCUAUAAUGAGCUCAACCCCUGUACAACUAAGUCAGUGAUUGAUGAUUACUUUCAGUGUAACACCUCUAGUGAAACCGUACUUACUGCUCCUUCACCUUUGGGGAAAAAUAAAGAAGACCAUGACACAGUGACUUUGACAGAAAGUAUUAAAAAAGUUUCUCCCUCAGAAAGACACUCCCAGCACAUAGCCCGAGAACCUGGAGUGCACAAAGAUGAGUCGCCAAAAGGGCCAAACAACAGUAGUGGACCAGUUGCUACUAGCCAAACCCCUGAAGUGAUUGCAAAUGGCCGACUGGUUCAACAUCACAAUAUGGAAUCUAGUAGCCUUGAUAAGAGAAAAGAAAUAUUUAGUAAAGACACACUUUUUAAGCCUCUCCACAGUACUCUGUCUGUGAACAGUUUUCACAAGCCAAGUGUGCCACUGCUAAAACCUCAUCAAAAGGCACCUUCUGACUCAUUGCCAAGCAGAUGUGACAAACUCGAACAAGCUAUUGUAACCUCAGUUACCCAAGUCAUACCUGUUUCACAGAGACAGCAAGAAACAGCUGGAAACCAAGAAGCAUCCUUUGAUUAUUACAAUGUAUCUGAUGAUGAUGAUUCUGAGGAAGGGACCAAUAAGAACACUGAGGAAGAAAAGAAUCGGGAUGAUGUGGGCACUAUGCAGUGGCUUCUUGAGCGGGAAAAAGAAAGAGACCUGCAAAGGAAGUUUGAGAAGAAUCUCACUCUCCUUGCUCCAAAGGAAACUGAGAACAGCAACAACCAGAGAGCCACACAUUCAGCAAGGCUGGACAGCAUGGACAGCAGCAGCAUCACGGUCGAUAGUGGGUUCAAUUCUCCACGUACUCGUGAGAGUUUAGCUUCCAACACAUCAAGCAUUGUUGAAAGCAACAGGCGUCAGAAUCCAGCUCUCAGUCCUGCACAUGGUGGUGCAGGUCCAGUGUUCAGCUUCCGAGCAAGUGCCGACCCUCCAACAACUGAAAAUGAAAAACUGCAGAAACCUGCUAAUUGCCUGCAAGCUUCUGUUACAAGUGUUUGAUAGUGCUUCUGCCUCAGAUCUUCUGUUUCAUCCUAUACAGCAAAGUUUACGUCAUGGGGACUGAUGUUUACAUCUUUGGGAGGAAAAAUACCAGGCAUCUCAAUCGCACAGUUUUGUGUCGACUUAAACUGUGCUGCUUCAUAGGCUAGGGGCAACAAAGAAAUCUUUAUUUCAAGGUAUUGCUUUUCACAUUUUGCAGCUCUGUAGCAAGAGAAUAGCAGUAGGGAUAAUAUGUACACUUUUGCUUCACUUAAUCGUAACUGAGCGCAUAUAUGAAAGUCUAGACACUGUAAGUGUAAUCUGCAUUUUCAAUGUCAUGCAGUUGCCAGCUUCAUUUUAAAAUGCCACAGAUAUGUGAUGCCCCCUACCACUGGUUAAACUAUUUGCCACAGAGUUGAUUCUUUUCCUUUAUAAACUGAGCCUUCAUUGAAAGUAAACAGCUAAGAGUCACCUUGAGGGAAAAUAAUGCCAGAUGAGUCUAGGAAAGACCUCAGCUCUACCUGUGAAUUAUUUAUACAUCUGUCAUUUUCACUGUGAGUCUUCAUGACAUGAUCUUGCAAGAAUCCAUAGCAAGAAGUAAGUCAACAGAGGUCAUGUUUUAAAGAGGUGGGAAAUAAUGGAGAUAUUUUCUAGUUUUACUCUUUUUUUAAAAAAAAAAGUAUGAGAUGCUUAUCUAAAACUUAUUUCUUAAUUUCCAGUAGUUGCAAGUAGGGAUAUAAGAUUUUAAAUUAAAGGUAAGGAAGGAGAAACCUAACUUUGAUUGAGGCACAUCACUAAGUGAUACAAGAGGUAACAGGAUUUUUUUUUAGUAUAAGUAAAAUAAAGUGAUCACUUUUAAUCUGUCACUCCAGUUAUUAGCCCAAAUUAUUAUUAGUAUCAAAAUAAUUUGUUUGAACAAAAAGAAAAAGAAGAAAGCUCUUUGUGAUACAAAUGAUGAAUUAUGAGCCUGAAGGGUUGAUUUCUUUCUAUGGAAGGACAUAUAUUUUUAUUUUAUGUAGCUUUUAGAGUGCCUAAAUUAGGCUGUUGAAACUAGCAUACACUGUAGAGAAAAUAUUUAGAGACUAAUAAACUUCAGGCCUUUUAUUGAAUUACAUUUCUUUGUGAGUAAACAUUGUAUGGAAAUACUUAGUUUAAAAAUAAUCAUGAGAGUUGAAAUUAAAUGUGUCCAGGUGGGCUGCUGAUAAAGAGAGCGAUUAUUUGUUUUGAUUCGAGAGAAUGAGAGAUUCACUGAUGUACUCAAAAUCUUGCUAAGUUUUUCAUCAACAAAGGUUAAUUCAAUAAAAGACAUCGCUUUACCUCUUUUGUAAAGUCUCACAAAGUUGAUAGACAUUCUGUAUCCACAGGUCUAUUAUAUCUAAUGUGUAUGUCCUGAAAUUGCUAAUCCAAAGUAAUCUAUUUUUUAAAAAAAUAUUCUAGAUUAAUAUUUAGAGAGAUCCACAAUUUCAAGAGUAAACUUGUAAAGCAUAAAGGCCAAAUUCUGCUGUCAAGUUAUUUAUGCAACCCAGUACUGCAGAAAAUUUGUUUUCAAACAAUCAUAAUGGUGGUAUAAGUAGAAGAAUAAAAUACAAUCAGGAAGAUCAGAAGCAGUGUAAAUUGUUGUAUGAAUUGACAUUUACACUAUCUGUCUUUUGUUGAUAUCCAGGUGAUAUAACCAAGCAUACCAUUAAAGACGGUAUUUUCAUCAGGUACUGGUGAUGAUUUGUAUAACCUGUUCAAGUUUCACUUGUGUUCUGUGUUGUCUUCUGAAAGUGCAUUCUUACCUUAAACAGUUUUAAAGAGCUUUCAGGUGCUUAUGAAAUAGCUUUAUAAACAAUGGGCACAAUUCGUUUCAGUUUACACUGGGGUAGAUCAGUCCACUGCAAAUCCAGGGGCUGUGGUACAUAUGCAGAAACUCAGAUGUGUGUACUGGAGUUCUGAACAAGCCAGAGCUGUCCCUUCCCUUAGUGUUAGGAAGCACUCCAUACAUAAAAUCCCAUUGUGCACACUGAGCCUUCUGAGUCCUGUGAAGCUUUGCGUUGUAGUCCUUAUAUUUAAACGACCAGUAAAGGAUAGGUUCUAGAUGCUUUCUAUAUUAUCAUUUAUCAAUUCUGCGACGAGUAGUAAGAUGGCUCAGUGUGUAUAAUGGAGAUUAUUAUGCUGCUUACUUGGUUAGUUAUUUGGCCUCCUGCCUUAUAAAUACCUUUGAAGCAAUGGUGUAAUAACCCAGAAGUGCAUCGUGUGACAAAUCUUAUAACUCUGGGAAUAUUUAAUACAGAUUGCAGAGUCAUCAGGUUUUGGGGAGGAAAUUGCUGUAACACUAGAGCAGCUUUUGUUUUUUAGACAUGCUCUGAUUUUUAUAGUACGUAUCAAUUCACUAAAUACAGCUGCUGAAAUAUCUUAAUUUGUAGCUGAAAGCAAAAAUUAAAAUGCAGUAUUAAAAUGUGAAUGGGGAAGAUAUUACCAUAUAUAGGAAAUAUUCUCCCUUUAGUUAAGAUUACGGAAAUGAAUACAUUUAGCAAUUAUACAAAAGACAUCCAGUGUUAAACAAUAAAUUCUCCUCAGUUGACAUUUAAAGUUUCCCAAAGAAAAGCUUUAUAAAGGCCCUGUUAAUGUUGGCAUGGCUGUUGGCCAAGAACAUGUUUAUGGCCUAUUAUUAGCAUUAAUGUGAUUCUCGGAACAUGUUAUAUGAAUUAAACUUACACAAAUAAACAUUCUUAUUGUGCAUUCUUUUAAAAAAGAAAUCCCAUUUUGAGAUUAUAGAUAUAUACCCACAGGAGUGGAACUUGAGUGUUUUUGUCACUGUUACCCUGUGAUGAAAUCAUGAUAACCUUGUAUUACAUGGUUGAUCAUUUAUCAUCCUCCUCAUAAUGUAUCAACUGAAAGGUUUACAAAACCAGAAUGCGUUGAAUCUCUAUGUUGUGUUCAACUUUAAAGGGUCAACACAAAUCUGUCGGCAUUUUGCACACUUGAUAUGUAUUAUUAUAAUACAAAAUGUUACUUUUAUGGUAAAAAAAUUUUUUACACAUAUAACUACCUCCAUGAAUUUGAUGAAAUGCAGCAACAUGUUUUUUUAAAAAAGGGUAUUGUUAAGAGCGACGUUAAAAACUUUAUGAAGAAAAAGGCCAUGACGUUCUCUUGUGUGUCGGUGCUUGCAUAUGAAGUCAUUUUUCAUUGUCAUGAUUUCCUGUUACUGUAUUCAAUUGGCUUUAGUAGUACAAGAUUUUAUACAAGGAUCAUAGAAUCUUUUAGAUAAGCAAAGUGGGAGGAGCUCAAAUUUGUGCUUUGUCUUUCCAUUUCUGCUGAAGUUUCUACCUGGUAGAAAGUCUAGUGUUGCUUGUAAUUUAGAAGCCUGUUAAUAUAUACAGUAUAUGGAAUAUGAUUGGCAGCUUGGGGCUUAGCAAAAGACACACCAGGUAUUUUUCUGCCUCCAUUUAAACACUUUGGGGCCCUAUUCUGCCUUUAUUUAUGGCAAAAUACCAUGCCAGAGCUUAGCUUAAAUCCUUGCAUUAUCUGCCUCCUAAGUGGGCCACUGGUAUGAUACACUCUCCAUUGUCUCAGUCUUGCACAUCUUGGGGAUUGAAUACUAUAGAGCCCAAUAUUUUUCACAAUGAAAUAAAUAGUCUUGAGAUCCUGUCAUUAGUGUUAAUAGUAACAGAACCACCAAACAAGCUAUAGGAGAAUAUUUUUCCUUGAGACAUUUAGUAAAAAGAAGGAGGAGCAGUUAAGAAGCUAACUUCAGAAGCAUCCAGGGGGGUGGGGGAGGUGAUAAAAAUAAGAAAAUUGAAUGGCAACUGCCAAUUCAUUUUCUCUAAAUGUGGUAGAUACAUUUUGGGAGGGGAGUGUCCAUAUAAAUCCAUGUCAUUAUCACACAGAAAUAAUAAACAGGAUUGGAGGAGCAUCUUGCCAGAACCUUGUCACUGGUUAAAAUAAUACUGGCUUUUGAACUUUCUGUGUCUGAAAAAUCCAAAUUUUACAGCAAAUUAAUCUAGAUUCUGGACCAAGAUGAGCCAGGUCCUAAGAAAUGAAUACAUUUUUCCUGCUUCUGCUAUCGUUAGAAGAAUGAGAGGGAGGGGACAGAAGGAACUGCGUGUAAGAUUGUAGCCAUACACAUCCCAACCACUGACAGUCCUGUGCAAAGCCAUUCUGAUUUUUUUAGAUUUCACCUUGUGUAUUUUCCAGUCUCUCUCUCCAGGUUGCUGACUCCCAAGCAAGACCCAGAUUCCAUUCCAUGUUUGUGUGGUCCCAUUAGGGACACACUGAAUAAAUACAGUCCUGAUUGUAAUAGACAAAUUAGUAUUAAAAAGCUGUGUGGUUAAAAAACAUUCUUGCCUUCAGUAAAUCACCAGCAAAAUCUGUCCAUCAGAGGAAGUGGCAGUUACUUUUCUUUUUUGGCAAAGUUUUAAUAUAAAAAGCAGUUCAUGGAAGAGUGGUAAUAUGUUGCACUGAUACUGUACUUUUUUCCUGAGAAUCUCAAGUAUUUUGGAACUAGUGGAAAUAAACUUUACAAUCAACGGGACUUGCUUCCAAGUAAGUGUUUAUAGGUUCACAACAAAUAAGUUCUAUGUUAACACUACAGAGUUAGUUUUUAAGCUGUUUAAAAGAAACCAUUUUGAAGUCUUGCAUUGGCUCUUACUACAGCGCCAAAAUGUUUUUCUUCCAUCAACUUAGCUAUUCUCACUAGUGAAAAAUCUAAAAUAACUACACACAAGAGAAAUACUAAAAUGUAUUUUAAGCAGGGCUUUUCCUUAUGUGAAAUUGAUGAGUUCAGUAAAUUAGAGAUUGCUAUAGUUUAUUUUUUUCCUGCUCCUCCAAAAAAGCAUUGUUAUUAAACAGAAAUACUUCCAACUAAUUUUGUAACUUUUUAUUUUAAAAAAUCAGUUUUAAAUUUUAAUCUUACCGGUAAUUAUCCCAAUCUAGAUGGUACGAUAUGCACCCUCUACUUCCAAAAUGUAAUACUCCUCUCUGCCAAUUAGGCAAUAUAGGUAUCCUCCCUUUGCCUAAGAGGUGACAAUCAUAGCAUCAGUGAGAGUACACGCAGAAACCAGUUGCUAGAUGCAGGUUUCUCCUGUCUUGCAGCUGGCUUUUGAGCUUGCUGUGCUGCGGAUUUACACACUAAAUGCUACACUGGAUUUGGGCAACGGGAUUAAAUAAAAAAUUGUGAAAUGUCACUUGAUGGUGUUAUAUGCUGUCAUUCUAAACCUAGAAAAGUAGCCGUGUUAGUCUUGUGCGGUAAAAAUGAAGGCUGAUAAGUUGUUAUGGACCACGCUCCACUUCAUGCAUAUGCCACAAUGCAUUGUUAGUCUUUAAGGUGCCACACACAUACUAAACCCAGCUUCAGUUGCAGAUGUGCCAGUCAUGCUUAAUUUAAUUGAAAAUAGAAAAUAUUUAAACCUCUGUGUUUUAAAUUUGUUUCAGUAUUUCAGUUUUAAGAAAUAUUUUAUCAUUUCUGGUAAAAUGGUCUCAAAUCAGCCUAACAGGAUCAGUGCAUGGAAGUGUUUGUGACAUGUAUUCAUGAAAUACAGCAUAAUAUAGAUGUGAAAGAAGGGAUAGAUUAUCUGUUGUGCAGCAGGCCUGUCACUCACAACAUUGCAGUCUGCUUGCAUCUGCCAGGACAUGGGGCUUAAACAUAAAGUGCCUGUUAGACUGCAAUACAUGGCUGCUGAUCCAUCAUCAUUCUGGUGGGGGGCAUGAGUUAGAUGGGCCCACUUUAGAGUAUGGCCACAGCCUAAGUGGGACUAUGAUUAAAGCAUCUGUAACAGUCCCAUGGAAAUAAAAAUGGAAAUGGACUGCCUUCAAAUCGAUCCCAUAGUUCCUAUAAAAUAUGGUGGCAGUUCCAGCAUCUUGGGAUGGUGCAGCAAAGACUAUGUGCACCACUUUGGAGAACUUUCAAAUAAAAGUAGUCUGUGCAGCAGCAUAUAUAUGGCUAUUGUUUAGUGGACAGGGAUAGUUAAUGAGGAGAGACCAUUUGUUUAAGUCCAUCUAACAGUGGCAGAAUCAAAGUGCUUCUGUUGGGAGAUGGUUCCCAAGACAUAGCUCAGCACAGACCCAUUGUGUAUUGUAUUCAGCACCUGCCAGAUUCCUAUCCUGUCAAGUAUAUGAUGCAUAAACACUUCACAAAUUCACCAGAGUGCCUCCGCUUUGAGUUGUUCUGCAUUAUAAAGUACCCUAAGAAAGAUUAAGGGAAUUGCUCUUCUCUCGUUGAGAAACUCACACGCACACACCCCUAGAUGCUAUUCCAUAACCAUGCACUACAAUACUGUGAUUAGAGAUUACAGUGCUAUAUAUAUUGAAAAAACAUUUUAAAAUACUUCAUAUAACCACCCGUGAGCGUGAAAGAUAGGGCCCGUUGGGUAAUUGGCACAGAUGUUGUGCAGGAGCUGCAGGAACAAGAGACUUCCAUUUAAAGGGAUCAUAAUUCUGCAGGUAACCUGUGAGUGACUGAAUGUGACUGUUGCAUUAGGUUUAAAUGAGUUAAUAAAUGCAAGUGGGACUUACUGUAUGCUAGAAGGGAGUUUUGCAACCAAGACUGCCUUGUAUAAAUGUGUUUGCACUGAAAAAAAAUUAAAAUUUCUUGGUCUCUGGUUGCUGUAAAGGUCAUCCAAGCUGGAUGUUCUGUUUAUAUUGUAUAGUAUUUCAUAUGAAAUAAUUACAGUUCAUGAAAUGUCUUCCCUUAACGUUACUGAUUUAUAACAGCACAUUUGUGACAUGGUUUUUAUUGUGUCAGUGUACCAUAUUGUAAAUGAUAAUAACUUGUCAUGCUUAGUAUAAUAACUUAAAAGAAAAAAAAAGGACAGGGAUUUUUGUAAGUCUAUAUUUGAAAGUCCCUCCAUAUGGUAAUAUUGUGUU